CUAUCCGACUCUUCUGCGCUCGUGGUAGUAAUCACUACUAAUUACGAAAGGCGAGAGUAUUCAUAUCAUGAUAGGGACUGAUCGUUCAGAAACUGUUUCACAGAACUUCACUGAUGGAGAUGAGUAAACUAGGCAAUGAAAGAGAAGACGUCAUAUUCAAACUCGUACAACUCAUCCGAUCAGCUAAAACUACUCUCCCCUCAGUAUUAAUCUCACCAUUUCGCAAUCGUCCUUGUCAUUCUCCAUUUCGUUCCUGUCAAACCCUCAAGAGUCCAUGCCAAGCUUCUUCCAGCUUUCUAACUCAAUGCGGUGUCUCAAGCCUCUCUUUGUUGCCCACCAUUAACACAAACCACACCCCGAGUCAGCUUCCCACCUAUCUCAAACAAAAUCCAACCGGAACCCCUAGACAACAUAGGCCAAGUCCCCGUCUUUGCCAGCACCCCUGCACCCAAACGCAGUCCUCCUACUUCCCCUGGAUUCUCUCAACUCAUCCCCAAUAUCCUCGGAGUGUCGAGCUCCAAAUCCGACAAGAAACAGCCGUUCAGCACCGAGUUCGCAGGGUCUGCCGUUCUGACGCGGUUUGACAAGCUACUAGCAAAAGAAUGCCAUAAUUUAGACGCCACGGCAAGGCACGAGCUAGUCGUCAACCUCGGCUUUCUAGCUGAAUACGUAUGGAGCAACACCCCCCCGUCCAGCCU